AGCCACAGUACUCAGCAAGUAUUCAAUUCGUUCGCUCACCUGCAGGCUGUUGCUCGCUUGUUUAUUAAUUACCUGCUUAGUUGUUAUAUAUUUAUAAAAAAGAUAACGGGUUCUACACUGUCACAACUAUCACAUAUGUGGUAUGGUAUGCGUCGUCGUAAGCAAUAAGCAAGCAUUAGGAGUGGUUUUUUUUAAUUUGAAAAAAGUAACAAUUUUUGAUUAAAUAACAUAGUGGUAAUGCGAUUAUCGAUACAGAUAAUAGGAUUAUAAAGGCGGGCUCAUGGAAUUACUAACAAAUAUUAUUGCUAACGUGGAAAUUUUAUAUCAUUUUCAAGUGAAUAUUGUUGAAGUGCAAACCAGUGAAACAAUUGUGUAUUGUAAUACGUGAGAAAACAUAUACUUUUAUUACAUCCAAAAUGCAAGCACAAAUUGAAGAUCCAUUACUUCGAAUUCAACGUGAAAUAAAUGAAGUGGUUGAACGUGAACAAGAAUUACGUAACGGUUACAUAAGUCCAGUUUUUAAAAAUCACAAUAAUAAUAAUUAUAAACGAUCAUUUUCACCUGGUGAAUCGUCUGGAGAUGAACUUCAAAAUAGUUUAACACCACCGUUAAGUAAUCAAUCGAAUGAUUUAAGUGUGGGUGGUUCGCUAUCGCCAUCGCCACCUCCACCUAGAGUCGUACAACGUGCAUUCUCAACAUCCUCGCUAGCGUUUACGAAUCAAUUUUUACCACAAAAACGAUUUAUACCAAAUCCAGAUCAACGAGGCUUAAUGCAACGAUUUAUCAAAUCUCGUGGUCGAUUACCUUUACAACCGAUUGCACCGAAAAAGGAUCAUUACACAACAAAUUAUAUUAUUGAUCCAAUUAAAAUACAAAAUAUCCCACCGGAGAAAAUGACACGUAAAGGAUAUGUACCGGUGGAAGAGCGUAUACAAAAAGAGUUGCGUGAAAUGCAAAAUCGUGAAAAAGAAUUACGUGCACAUCGACGUAAAACUUUGGCGGUAUCACAACCAAAUUUAUUAGCUAUUUUGGAUGAUAAUGAUAAUCCAUCGUCACCAAUGGAUUCCCCACCGUCGACACCGAAAUUACGUGGAGCACGUUCCUAUGCCAAUUUGUGUGAGGAUUCCUCAUUACCUAGUGAUACUGUUUCAGCGCCAUCAUCGUUACGACCAGCUGUUUCACUUGCCCAAUUAUGUGAUGAUUUGAAUGAGUCUGAUGUUCCUACUUCCAGUCAAUUGAUUGCUAAAUUUGAGAGUAUUAUACAAAAGAAUUUACAAAAUGGCAGUGUUAAUCAUCUGUGAUAAUAAGACAUUUUAUUAAUUCAAUUUUUUUGAUAAAAUUUAUUUAUUUAAGUUUAAACACAGUGGCGGCUUUGAUUAAUUUUAUAAUCUUAUACGGAUAAUGUAAAACUGUUGAACGGUUUUAUCUGUGCAUUCAGAGGGGGAUUCAAUGUAGAAUGAUCUAGACCCAUGUUCAUAUGGCGCUCUCUCAAUUUUUUGAAAACAUUAUUCUUUAUACAAUUACGUUUUUCAGAUUGUGCCACCUUUGGUUUCGGAUCUGAAUCUGACGAGUAUAAAUUAUUAGGCCCCAUUAUUUUAUACGAGGGUCCAAGAAAAAAUUUAAUUAUUUUAAAUAAUAAAAGCAAUUUUAUUUUAAUAUAACUCCAAUAACUUUUUGUUUGGAAAAUUUUGUUUUCAUGAGAAGCCCAUGUAAGACACGGAUCCUCGGACCAUUUGGAUCCUAUUUUUCUAGUUGCCACGCCCAAUUAACUAUGACCCCACUGUGCUUACAACUAAUUCAAAGAACCCUAAAGAAUUUUUAUGAAAAAUGAGUAUCGGUUUUUGGUAAAAUUUGCAGAAAACUAUAAAAAUCCUUCAAAGACCAAAAAUCUCAAAAGUUUUUAGUUCUUGGAAUAUCUUGGAAUAGUUUAAAGCUAUUAUAUUUCAAAAUCUCUAACAAUAAGUACGAUAUCUUGAAAAUUAAGAGCUUUGGAGCUUUGUAUCCAUAAAGAUUUUAUUCAACUCUUCAAGAACUACUAUUACCUAAAUUUUCAGAAAAUUUAACCGAGAGCCAUUUUUCAUAAGUAUUCUACAGGGUCCUUCAUUUGCAAGUACUAUUUUAAUAGUUAUGUAAGUUCAUUUAAAAAAAGAAAAAGUAUAUAUUUUUAUAAGAAAUUUUUCCUAAAUUUAAUGUUACUUCUAAACGCUUUAGGGGAAGUAAGAUCAGAUCUAAAAUCAUAUGUAUUUUCUAAAUUUAAAAAUUAUACAAAACAACUCUUAUAUUUUGGAACAAGAUUGCAUGCUAUUUAUAAAUUUAACACAAGGAUUGUGGGAAAGUUAGAUAAUUUUGUUUCGUUAACUUAUUUAGACUUUUUCAAGUAAAACUUUCUCGAUUAAAACGUUAAAAUUUAGAGUCUGUAAAAGUCUAAAUAAAUAAACGAAACAUUGAAAAAUAAUCGAUAAUUUUUCAAUUAUACAACUUUUCAACAAAGUGUAAAAACAAAAUUGUUCUUUGUUUAGCACUUUUUGCUGUAUCACCCCACCGAGGAAUUUUAUUAUUUUUUUGAAAUAUUUUUUAAGUUGACGAUAAUACAAUUAUCUUUAAAGGUUGAUUCACAUUAGAUGUUCGAUUUUGAUGUGAUAUUAUUUAUAUAAAUGCUAUGAAUACGUUUGUGUAGAAAUUGAAACGAAUAUUUAAAUAUUCCCACAUUUAUGUGUCAUAUUAAAGUCGAUGCGUGUUAUAAUUACACCAUCUUAUUAUAUGUUACAAAUUUCAGAAAUAGCUGUGGGAAAAUUUUAUUUUUUCUAUUUCUAUGCAUUUUGGUUUAUAUUCAAAUCAAAUUACAGCACCAUAUUAGAAUCAGUCUGUAUAUUUAAAAAAAAUUACCUAAUUCGAACAUUGCUAAAGUCUCGUCGACUCUUAGAAAACAAGAUAAAAGUUAAGAUUGCUUUGAAGUCAAUUAAAGACAAAACAAUAUUUUCUAAACAUUUACUUUGAAAAUAUAAUCCAGUAAUAUUAUCAAAAAGGCGAUUGAUAAAUCUAAAUAUCUCCCGUUCCUUCGAACUUUAAAAAGGGCUGUUGCCAUUGCCUACAUAAAAUAUUGAUCUUACGAGAAAAGUAAAUACCUACUAGAAAAAUUGUUGAGAAUAAUUUUUUCAACAACUUUUUUAUGAAACUUUUUCAGUUUGAAGAGUUUUUUGAAAAAAACAGUUUCCAUCCAUUAAUAACUUUUAAAACAUAUAAAAUUUGAAAAAAAAAAGUUUCAUACAAAAGUUGUUGGCAAUAUUAUUCUCAAAUGGUUUAAUAAAUGAAUGAUCAUUUUAAGAACAAUAUUUACUGAAACAGUAAAUAUUUUAAGCCUUUCAUAAACUGAUGGAAAACUUUUCAAUCCUUUAAAAUUUUUGCUGAUUCCAAUUUAUCUAAGAGUUGGAAGAGUUAGCGCAGCUAUUUUUCAAUAUAAGAUAAUGUUAAAAAUAAUAAAUCGUUUAACUUAAAAAAUCCCACCGUUAAAAACAGUAUUGGACACUUGAUAUUUAAAUAUUUUUGGUAAAAUUUUAAGGAUUGUUUAAUUUUAUUAUUUCGAUUAAAUCUUUGUUGAAAAUAUUGAUGAUUUUAGGUUAAGUUGCUAAAAUAUUUUAAGUACAUGUACCCUUCAUCUUCAUCCUUAUAUAAAGCGUGUGGAAGGACCUUUAGAAAUGUGUAUAAACUAUUUCAAAUAUUAUAAUUAUUAAUAAUAAUCGUAAAAUGCCUUGAAAAUGAUUGUAAUUUAGAAAAAAAAAUUAUUUAUUUUACUCCUACAUAUUAAAAAAUAA